CCAAAUUUGACGCCCGCAGCAACCACCGUCUUCAGCAUCCCCAUACACGCCGAAUCGUCACGAUGGGUCACGCCGCAGGUCUCCGUGCUGGUACGAGAUACGCCUUCUCGCGGAACUUCCGCGAGAAGGGUAUGAUCCGCCUCUCGACCUACCUUAAGCAGUACAAGGUUGGCGACAUCGUCGACAUCAAGGUCAACGGUGCUGUCCAGAAGGGUAUGGCCCACAAGGUCUACCACGGCAAGACUGGUGUCAUCUACAACGUCACCAAGUCCGCUGUCGGCAUCAUCAUCUACAAGAAGGUGAAGCACCGCUACAUCGAGAAGCGCAUCAACGUCCGCAUCGAGCACAUCCAGCCUUCCCGCUCCCGCGACGAUUUCCUUCGCCGCGUCAAGCAGAACGCCGAGCUCAAGAAGCAGGCCAAGGCUGAGGGCAAGCCCGUCCAGCUCAAGCGCCAGGCCCUUCUCCCCCGUGAGGCUCGCACCAUCUCUGUCGUCGACAACAAGCCCGAGACCGUUGCCCCCGUCGCCUACGAGACCACUAUCUAAAGUACUCUUGGGAUAGGACUGGUGGUAGACCUGGCGUAUUUGGUUUUUCUCUGCAUGGGGUUCAUCGCGUUCGACACGGAUAGAUAUCCUGCAUGGAUUUUUUGGUCUGGGAUGCGGGAGUGCUUAUAGGAAUCAAAAAUACCAGUGGCAUGACCAUGACCAAAACCAAAACACACGAGAACCGGCUCGAUGCGCCUCCUCCUGAUCAGGUGUACGUGCUUUUGAGCCUCGAGCCAACUUGUGAUCGGAUGGACUACGCCAGACGAAUCCGUGGCCAGACGAGUCACAGAAGGACAAACAAUUCGAGCCCUGUCUGGCUGUGCGGCCGCUCUGUUUCUCGACCUAGCAUCUUGCGGUUGAUAGGGAUACGCAAAUAGAGCAAACGUGACAAACCACUUCACCGGGCCAAUCUCUGCUACCAGUACGUAUUGUGAGCAUUUAAGCGCGCUCAGAAGGUCUUCAAAUCCAAAG